GGAAGCACCUGCUUCCAACAAGGAGGUGGAGAAAAUGCUCUCAUGAAAAACGUCCAGUGGUUGGCACUGACACUUGGUUGGAUUGCUCUGAGAUUAUGCACAGGUUAUUUUGAUAAUCUUGUGUAUUCGUCUGAUGCUUUGUGGUUUUCCUUUUUCUUUUUUGUUUUGUUUCCAGCAGAGGUCUAUAUGGUGUGACCAAAAAACAGUUAAUUAUGGACUGCCUUUGUGGUGGAGUGGUUGUUACAGUUUAUGAUAGCUUUUCAGCUGUGUGUGUUUGAACAAUGAUGAUCCUCGCUUCUGCAUCUGUGUCGCAUUUUAAUGCACCACCAGAAACUGUUGCCAGAGUUUUUCCUGCUGCAGGAUGGAAGAUAUGCUUUUAUCAAACAGGAGUUCAGGAGCGAUGAGAAGAAGAGACUUCUGGACUUGGAUUGCUUUGGUCGGAAGAUAGAAACGGCUUUCUAAAGAGAGAGCACUAAACGUAUAGACUUAUCAUCAUCAGUGGUAAAAGUUGGACUGUGGAAGUGCACAUUGAAGUGAGGAAACUGAUGCGCGUAAAAGAAAAGGAUGCCAGCCAGGCGUGGCUUGUGUUUGAAUAUCCAAUGUGAGAAUGCGUGGGGAGUAUGUAUAUAAUAGAGUCUUUUCCAUCUUGAUAAACAGAGAUAUCAAACUGAUGAUUAUAGCAAAGGACGAUCAAUAAGCUGAAAGGACUGCUGCUGCAUGGUUUUUGGAGGAGCGCCUGGGUAUAAACGCUUUGGACUUGUGCAAACUUUUUAAAACAUUUUUUUAAAUGCCUUCGCUUAAUUUGACAGCUGUGCACACCAUGGGAGAGGUCGGGAGUUUUCUGGGGACACUGGACUUGGAUUUACAAAGUUUUCCUAAUGUGCCCAUACCGGAGGCUCCGGUGGGUUUGACUGAGCGUCUGGGUCAGAUUGAAGGGAGGCUGCAGAGGGGGUCUCCGACGGACUUCGGGCACCUGAAGGGGAUCCUGAGGCGGAGGCAGCUCUACUGCAGGACCGGCUUCCAGCUGGAGAUAUUACCCAAUGGGACGGUGCAUGGGACGAGGCAGGACCACAGCAGAUUUGGUAUCCUGGAGUUCAUCAGUCUGGCAGUGGGUCUGGUCAGCAUAAGAGGGGUGGACGCUGGACUCUACCUCGGCAUGAAUGAGAAAGGAGAGCUCUUUGGGUCGAAGAAGCUGACAGCAGAAUGUGUGCUCAGGGAGCAGUUUGAGGAGAACUGGUACAACACCUACGCUUCAACUCUGUACAAGCACACGGACACGGGACGCUUCUACUACGUGGCGUUGAACAAAGACGGCUCGCCCAGGGAGGGCAACAGGACUAAAAGACACCAGAAGCUCACCCACUUCUUACCCAGGCCAGUGGAGAUCGAAAAGAUCCCCCAGGCGUACAGGGACCUAUUCCAGUACAGGUGACCAGUGCUUACACUCGGAGAACUGGUUACAUUUGGAGGAAGAGAGAUAAAAGAAGAGGAGAGAGGGGGUGUUGUGGAUGUUUUGGACCUGGUACAGGACUGUUUACCCUCAGCUCCCCCUGAGGUCACUGUGUUUGCGCCUGGGCCCACCGCCAAGCACUGACAUAAACAUUUGUGCGUGUUCCUGGAUGUCGGCGGGGAAGUUAUCUGAUAAAACCACUGCAUGGACAUGGACAUGGACGGAGGAUGACUGCCCAGCUGUAGGGGUGAUCAAAUCAGGUGCCAUGUUUUCUCAAUAACCACUUUUUGGAGGUAAAUGCGUAGAUACUGAAGCGACAUGCAACGACAAAUGGUUCUGAGUAGCACUAAGCUGAUGGGGGGUGGGGAGGGAAUGAAUAACUAUGAGAACACAGAGAAGAGACUCCAAAUGACGGGAAGCACUGCAAGACGUCACAUUGUGCAUUUGGUAUGCACUAUACACAUUUAAAUGUAAGAAAAAGGCACAUUCCACACACAGAUAGAGAGGAGAAGAAGAAGCUAUGUGCUCCAUGGAUGUUAAGUGACAGGUCGGGAUAGUCAGGUACUAAAGAAGAAGAAUGUCUGCGAGGCAGAGAACAAACUGUUACGAGGCGAACUGGAGUUUUAUUAAGUUGUCUUCAAAAUCAAAGAUGAAAGAGGGUCAUAAAAAUCUCUAAGAUGAAUGUGUGAUAGAUGAAAGAGCACUUACUGCACAUCCACAGUCCCAGCUGUAGGCUCACUCUGUCUCCCGUGUAAUCAUCAGAGUCUAAUGAUCUCAUUCGUCACAUUUAAAUAAAACAUCAAGCAGCGUCUUGUAGGAAUUGUAUGCAAAACAAGCGAUUAAGCUCGGGACAUAAGCACUUCUCUGACUGUGGUUGUAAAGAAUCGUGAUGGGCUUUUGUUUUAAAGGAUGGCGACUUGUAAUGUUCAGAGUGUCGGGAACAUUACUAAAAAUGCAAGCAGCUGAGGUGUACAUAUGGGUGAUCCUAUUUAUGAGAUGUACGAUAUAUUUAUUUUCUACAUAUAAAGUAUAAAUAUAAAUCUAUAUAUUUAUUUAUUGCAAAGACUUUAUUUUGUAAUGAACUUGAAGUUAUCUGGACUGUAGAUUCUACUGAAAUUACACACAAAAAAAACAACAAACUGCAAUGACAAUAAAAUUGUCCUGCUAUCGAGAAUUCAUUGUGAGAGACUAUUUUUGCUUGGAUGAAAAAAAAUCUGAUGUACCAAUUAAAACCAGAUAUAGAAUCUA